CAACCUAAUUAACAACGUUCCCUUUUCAAAUAACAAGUUCUUUUUAAAGAAAGAGCAAUGACUGCAUCUUUGGAUGGAGCACCUCUUGAAUUGGGUUUUGCAAUCUCAUUAAGAUGGAAGAAGGUUGGCAUAAGUGAUUGAAUGAAAUGGUGACAAUGUCGUAACAAAACCUGCCACUGGGAAUUGCACUUAUGACACCGAACAUGCUGAGGCACUCCACCGGAGCCAUCUAUUUCAGUCUUCUUGGAGUACUUGCCACUGUGGACUCAAUGUGCAUACAUUUGGAGGAGCUACAUAGUAAACUGCAGUACAGACAGCGGGUCAGGUAUAUGAAGGAUAACUUUCCAAUUAACUACUCUGUGAACGUCCACUAUGAAGAUAUUUAUCGAACAAUAAAUGUUACCCGCAUGCAAAACAGAAGUUUUACUGAAAUAGACCUGAAAUUGUUAUGGGUUUAUAUCAAUUCUCAAGUCCUGGAGACAGUCCUUGAAGUUCUCCCGAAAAAACACCCAUCCAGAACUUACGUGGAGGGUAUUUCCACACUGUUCAGUUAUUUGAGGAUGGAUGUGGAAGAAAUGGUUGAAAAUAUUGAAGACGAGCGAGUGGAGGAAAUCCUAUAUCAUAUUAGUGACAUGGAUGAACAAAACAGGAGGAAGUCCAUCAGGCCCAAGGCUUUAUUUGAUAACUGCUACCGGGUCAUGAAACAACUCUUUCGAUGUCACUGGGGUCCUUGACCACCGGCAUAUGCAAGGUGAAUGACUUCCAUCAUUGUUGCCUGCUGUUACUGGGAAAAAAAACUCAACACCCGCUUCUCCAUGUGCAUGCGCCUCCCUCACCGCGAACAGAAGCAUCUGGAACAGUAUCACCCACUCUCACCCAGCUCCUUGUGCGUAGAGAUGCAGGACAGACUUGCCAUUGACUAGAGGAUCAGAAUGGACUUUGUUGAAGCAUACCUGCGGACAAUGGCCACUGGCUUGCUAUUUAUUCACUUCUCUCUGAACAUCAUAGUGGGUGUUGUGAUUGGCUUCAGUGAGGCCUGUUUGCUAUUGUUGCACCUCCCCAGAUUUGGUUGCCUUCUUUUUCCUGAGUGAUCAACCUGCACAAGGCCCAUGCGAUUUUCUGUCCAUAACCCAGAAAUAGAGUCAGAAAACUUCACCUCUGCACUCCCCACACCCAUCCCUCCCCUCAAAAAAAAAAUUCCUUUAUGAAUUAGAAAACAAUAAAUCUAGCUGCUGGAGUCUUCGCAGAGCACAAUAUUAGUAAGAGAGCAAUGAGGACUUGAAGUGUCUCCAAGAGGGAAUAAUAUUGAAAACUUGGAUCAGUCAAUUGCAUGGCAACCUAUGUGCUGAAGGCAGCUCUCUGUCAAGAAGGACCCAUCUGCCCAAUCAGGUAUUGGGAAAGAAGUCACAACAUGAAGGAAAUGGCCAACCCUUUGAAGCAAAUAUGCCCAGGGAAUCUGUACAAAAACAUCUGAGACAAUACAUUGAAGUUCUUUUUAUUUAUUCAUUCCCAGCACUGAACCAACCAGCUAAAAUUCACAUCCAGGGGCUUCCAGGGAAAUUGUUUGAUCUUCCAGUGCCAGAGUAUCAAAUGUUUAUCACUCCUGCCUCAUUUUCACUUCUACCAUAAUCAAUUGGUCUUUGGUAUCAGAGACCAGGAGAUAUUGCGUACAUGUUUAACUGUCCUGAAAAUGUUCAUUAUUCUUCUUCUGACUUGUAUAGGGUGAAUAAUAAAUGUCUGAAUACUUUUA